AUGAAGGCUUAUCUUAGAUAUGAAGGCAUUUCUAAAUUAUAAUAUCCUCAGUCUCCACUCUAAGUAGAACCAAAACCAUUAUUCACAAUGAUGCCUCGUCGUAAAACAGCCCAAGUACCUUUUCGUAAAAGUUUACAUUAAAACAAAUCACCUACAAAUUUUGAUCGAUAAUUCGUUUUAGAAGAGUUGAGAAUAGCCAAUUAAUCUCUUUAAGAAGUUAAUAAAGAAUUGCAAUAAUUGAAUGAAUCCUUAUAAGAGUAGGUUCAAAAAUUGUAAGAAUCAAAUAAGGCCUUACAAAUAUAGAUCAAUUAAAUGACCAUUUAAAUAGAUGAUCUAAAAAUAAAUAAUAGACAUUUGAGAUCUUAAGAUAGUAGUUUACAUUUGCAAUCUAAAACAUUUGAUUAGAGGUUCAAAGUAAUUGAAAUUUAAGAUUACAAGAUCAAAAUAACCAUAUUGUGUAUUUACAGUUGCAAUUAAAAAAGUUAAAUGAUUAAUUAGAGUAAAAAAGAACCCUAGAAACCAAGCCCAUAAAAAUGUAAUAACAAGCUCUUAGGUAAUUAGAUAGCAUAUGUGUAAUUAAAUAUAAUUUAAAUGAUAGUUAGACAUGAAGAAUUAUAUUAUUUGUAAAUUGUGUCAUUAAGAACUUAAAGAACCAGUCACUGUUAUUCCAUGUGCACAUUCCUAUUGUCGCUAAUGCAAGAAGGGUUAUAUGGGAUAAUGUUUCAUAUGUGGACCAGAUGAAUAAAUUGAAGCCACUUAUGCCAAUAUGUUAUUGAUUCCCAUGAUAGAACUAUUCAAAAAGAGUUGUGAAAUAAGGGAAUUAUUUAAAUGA